AUGAAAUUGUGUGAUAUUGAACUGGAAGCCAGGCAGCUGAAACAGGCGUUAAUUGAUGCUACAGCUGGGGCAAUAGCGGGUGCUGUGUCUCGGAUAGUAACAUCGCCUCUCGAUGUUAUCAGAUUUCAGGGUUUCUGGCGCGGUAAUGUCCCAGCACUGCUCAUGUUUAUGCCAUAUACUGCCAUACAAUUUACAGUGUUGCAUCAAUUGAAAACAUUUGCUGCGGGUUCUUCAAAGACAGGUAGAGAAGGCUUAAGGAAAGAUGGUAGGACAAAGCAAAGUUUGAAGGAAUUGUUCAAAACCUUAGUGAACCCACUCCAAGAUUCUGAACCCAGUUCACAUCACAUGAAAUGGGAGAAGUGGAGUAAUGGAAUUUUUGCAAAAUAA